AUGAAUAAAUCUCAGAAACUUAUUAUAGGACUUCUAAUAUUAUUAUUAGUUAAUGUUAUUUGGAUGUCUAGCUCCAAACUCACUCAGUACAUUUAUUCAGAAACAGCAUUUAAAAAGCCAUUCUUUAGUACAUACAUAAAUCUGUCAAUGUUAACACUUUAUCUACUGGGAUUAUGUUUUUGGCCUCCAUGGAGAGAUCAGUGCAACAGAUCUUCAACUUACACAUUUGUAGAUCCCAAUGCAGAAGACGAAAAUUUUUAUUCCGAGGUCAAUAAUACCAGUUUAAGUGAUCCAACGUUUGUUCCAAUAAAAAAAUCAGCACAUUAUGAUCGUUCGUCUGGAACAGAAAGUGAUGAUUCUUCUAUUCGAGCUGUACGAUUUAGUAAAUUAGCCGAAGUCCGGCAUAUGUCUGAAGGUGAUGCUAUUGAAGCGUUAUUAGCAAGGCUCAGUUAUCCAGCCAGCAUUCGUGCUGGGGAACAUGCACGUCGUCAAGCUCACAAAUUUUCUAUUCCAAAAGUCGCUAAAAUUGCUUUGAUAUUUUGCCUUAUUUUAUUUAUGGCCAACUACACUUACCAAAUUUUAUUAGCCCAAAUGGAAACUGGAAAUAUGACUGUAGUGUCAGCGGCAUCCAGUUUAUUCACACUAUUUCUAACUUCAUUUUUUCCAAGUAGCAGCAAUGACAAAUUUUCCAUAUCAAAAUUAUUGGCCGUAUUAAUUAACAUUUUCGGAAUGGUAAGUUAACAGAAAAUUUUUUUUUUAUCGAAAAUAAAAAGUUUUUUUGAAUGUGAGAUGAAAAUUUGUUUAAAUACAUUCGAGUUUCUUCAUCACAAUCCUCAAAAUUUACUAUUUAAUUAAUUUUUGUUAUUUAAAAAACACCAUUCGGCCGUACCCGAGAUGGAAGGUAGAUAUAGAUUUAGAUUAAGAAUAGAUGUAAGGUAAAAUUUUUGAAAAGUUAGAGUAUUAUAGGUCAAAU